AUGGGUGCUGGCAGUUCCAAGCCCGACUCUGCGGGCGGCACCAAGCAUGUCUUCUCCAGCAACUCCCCCGUCCAAUUCUCCUCCAACCUAGUCGAGGCCCUCCAGUCCACCUCCGAGACGGACUCUUCCCGCGCAAAGGCAAUUGAACUCGAGAUCCAAAACCGCGUCUCACAAGAACUCCAGCGCCUCCGCGAACGCGAGCAGCAAACCCUCGCCGAGAUUGAAAAGCGCCUCGCCUCUUCAAAGGAUACCAGUUCCCUCCCCAUCUCAGCUGCCACCGCUCCUGCCGCCCCCGCCAGCACCGGCUACACCGUCGGCUCAUUGAACCUCGAUGCGCCUCGCAUUCCCUUCGCCGGCCGCGAAUACGAGACCUCGGCCCCCGCCGCCGUCCCCAUCGAGAACGUUCCGCAGCAGGAGUUGAAGCGUGAUAUCUCGCGCGAGUCUGUGAACACUGAGAUCGAGGCACUCCGCACUCGUCUUGAUGGCCGCAGGAAGCUGGCUGAUCUGGAUGAGGGUGUUUCCAAGGCCCAGUCUGCUGUCAUUGGCUGUCUGCGAUUGAAUGAUCGCCGGCCCCUGGAUUGCUGGCAAGAAGUUGAUGCUUUUAAGAAGGAAGUUGCGCGUAUGGAGGCUUCGUUCGUGGAUCGCAUUGUCGGUUAG